GCCGCACGUUCUGCUAGGAUGGGGAUGGAGGUCUGCAAAACCCGCGCCGCGCCCCUGGCUCUGCUGGGCCUUUGCUUGGCUACGGCCGUCAAGUCGGUGCCUCUGGCAGAUGCUGGACCGCACGUCUACUACGGCUGGGGGGACCCUAUCCGGUUCAGGCAUCUCUACACGCCCAGCCGGAACGGACUCUUCAGCUAUUUCCUGAGGAUCCACGAGGACGGCCGAGUGGACGGCGCCGCUACUCAGAGCCGAUACAGUUUGCUGGAGAUCCGAGCAGUAGCGCUUCGCACGGUGGCCAUCAAGGGCGUGCACAGCUCUCGCUACCUGUGUAUGGACGAGGAAGGCAAGCUGCACGGGCGGCUUAUAUAUACCACAGAGAAUUGCUCAUUUGAAGAGGAGAUACGUCCAGAUGGCUACAACAUCUACAAGUCAAAGAAAUAUGGAAUCUUGGUGUCUUUAAGUAACGCCAGGCAAAGACAACAAUACAAAGGGAAAGAUUUUCUUCCCUUGUCUCAUUUCUUACCUAUGAUGAACAGUAUGCCAGUGGAAACUACAGAUUUUGGAGAAUAUAGUGAUACCAGGCAAAGUUUGGAAUCUGGUAUUUUUCACCAACCAGUUGAAACUGACAGCAUGGAUCCCUUUGGUAUCACUUCUGAAGUAUCCUUAGUACAAAGUCCUAGUUUUGGUUAGUAAUUUCUGUUUUGUUAAUUACCGGUAGAUUUUAUAGAGAUGUUAUCAAGAGGUUAGGAUUUGUUGAAGUGAUAACUUAAAACAUGACAAACAUAUACAUAUUAUUACCACCUUCAUAAAGUAAUACUACUUUGGUAAUUCCAAAAAAGCUAUACUCAUUCACCCUCUUUUUCUCUCAUCUAUAAAAUAGUUAGAAAAGUUCUCUCUAAAUGUUUUAUUUAGGAAUGGGAAACAUUCAAAGCCUGCAGAUUUUAUUUUGCUUUGGAAGAUCUUUGGAAAGAUAAACCCAUAAAAACUUUACUGCUUCAUUACUUCCAAUUACCUCUGAGUCCCCGCUGUUCACUCAAAGAAUGGGUAAUUCCUGUUCAAUGUAUUUAAACAGAAUAGUGUUAGAAAUAAAUUAGCUACAACUAAGUAAACAAAAGGGAUUUGUACAUUUUUUACACAUGCUAGAUCACACUAUGUUUUGCAGACUGUGUUUUUUAGGAAAUUGGCUAUUAGAAGGUAAUUAUCAUAAUUAAGGUAAUAUAAACCACAACUAAUAGGAGAAAUUAAAUAAUAUCGCUGUCAUGUUUUAUUAGCAAGACAAUGUUUGUUGCUAAAUGGUAUAAAGACUUUCCAGGGAUGUGAGUUUGUUCAUGAACAAUUGCAACUGUGUGAAGAGCUAAAUUUUUGAAAAAACAAAAUUGGUUAGGCUGCUAUUUGGGAAAACAAGGAAAAAAUGAUGCAGCUAAAUCAUUCUGAUUUCUCUAUAGAUUGACACCAAAUGCCUAUUUUGCUUACUGGAUAAUGUUCUAAAACUAAAAUGAAAUACCAAAAAGUAAAAUUCUAUAUUCAGUUUUAAUCAUUCACUUACAGAUUGGAUAACUUUGUCCAGACUUUCUACUACGUAAUUGUUUUUUUUUUAAUGAAAGUAACAUUAAUUGUCAACAAAUAUAGAUGAGUACAUUUUUCCCCAACAAGUUACUUUCUUGAUGUGCUGUGACUGAAAUUCCCAGAGUUCUCAGACAUUGCCUGAUUCACCUCAAUAGCUCCAGGUUGAUGAAGGCAGGCCGAAUGGAUAAAAGCUGCCAUUUCAUAUAGGAGAUGCUUUGGAUGUAAUCCAGGCUCUUUUAAAUUCUUAAUGAAAGUGAUGCAAUAUAAUCCACAUUAAAGUUAGAAGUAGUUCCCAAAAUGUUUGUUGUACAAAUUGGCUUUCUUGGGUCCCCCCGCCUUGAAAAUGUUUUGCUUCUCAUCCAAAAGUUUAUUCAGAACUUUUCAAGAAGCUUCAAUGAGAAGCAAAAUGUUUUCAAGGAAAAAACCAAGAAAAGUAGAAUUGCCUUUCAGUGCCUUUUAAACAACAACUUUGGGACAACCAUGGUCCUGUAAGACUGGGAACCUCCAUAGCAGGAGUGAAAUCCAGCAGGUUCUGACAGAUUCUGGAGAACCGGUAGCAGA